AUGUUCGCUACUGCUCUCGCGCGUGUCAGCAACAAGACUGGCCACUGCAUCGCUGUUACACUUUAUCUAGAUUCUAUAAACAAGGAAGAAAAGACGCGUGUGCUCGAAUUGUGCCACCACUUGGACGAUCAUACAGAAAUUAAGCGACAAGAAAUCCUUGAUAUGACGCAAUUGGUACUUCAGCUUCUGUCCAGGUACAAAUUUGCGGGGAAAGAGGAAUUUGUAACGCAUCGAAACGAGCUCAAGUCCGAAAUUAUGAAGUUAUUCGGACGAGUCAAGUGUAACGCCUUUACAAUUACAGAAAAUGUGACGCAUGAAUCAAUUGGUAUCGGAUUGUUUCCACAUGGUUCAGUAUUUAAUCAUGAUUGUGAUCCGAAUUGUAUUGUAAGUUUUAAAGACCGAGAGAUGCUGGUGCAUGUGGUAAAAGAUGUUGAAAAAGGUCAAGAGCUUACGCUUUCUUACAUUGAUGUGAUGCAAUCGUCGAAGAUGAGACAAAAAGAGUUGAAAGAGUCUUACUUUUUUGAGUGUACAUGUGCACGAUGUCUUGCUGCUAUCAGGGAAGAGACGAUGGAAGAUUGGUAUUUGGGUGGGUUACUGUGCAAUGACAAGGAUUGUGUGGAUGGGAUCGUAGUCGUGAGUCAUGACAAAAAUGAUGAGAUCGCGUCUGCAAUUUGCAAAAAGUGUGGAGCAGUAAGGAAUGUCGAAGAAAUUAUGAAGUAUCAAAAGGAAAUAAAGUUGAAACAAAAAGGCAAUGUUUCUGAGCACGACAUGUGGAUGACGUACCAAAGACAAUGGGAAAUUGCUAUAAAGAUAUUAAAGUUGCAUCAUUGGAAUGCACAGAUCGCUGUGAUGGCUCGCGAAAUUGGACAAUUCUUGUUAAAUGCAACGUCUGCAGAGCUGCGUCGCCACGCACUUCACUUUUUUAUGUCAGAAUUGCGCGCUGUUGGCUGGCUGCUGCCGCAUUUGACACUACCUACACGAGGUACCCUGCAUCUUCAAAUUGGAAUCCUAUUGCAUGAUCAGGUAAGUGAAUGUUUUGGCAAGGAAUCGCCUGCAAAGCGAGCUGAGCAACUACAGGAAGCUGAAAAGCAUCUACAACAAUCUCUUUUCAUAAUGGAUUGUGCAUAUGGAAGCGCAAGUAAGGUGGUACAAUUGGGACGAACAAUGCUGGACGACGUUCGACGCACUGCUCAGCAAGUUCAUAGACAGAAAGCGAAUUAA